AUGUUAAGUUUUUAGAUAGGUGGCGUAUGUUCUUAAAAGUAGCAAGCAAGCGAAAUGGGAAUGCAGUGGUAGUUGUCAGUGUGUCUGUCUUAUUAGUAAGUUUGUGUUUGAAAGGAGGAACUUGGUCCACGUGCUUCAUAUAUUUAUAUAUUUUGUCUCAACCAAAGAUCAACCUCCCCAAUGACAUCUGUUUUGAUCACUCCCACUUUCUAAGUAAGGAAUUGAGAUGCCUCAGCUCACACAGCAAUGAACACUUAAGUUCUUUGCACGGAGGCAGGACUCCUAAACACUCCCUUGACCAAACCUGAUCAUCUAGCUUCAACAGAAGUCGCUCUAUUCCCAAUUCUCCAAGUCUGAAAAGACCUUGUUAUGAGAAUUCCAAAAGGGCAUCCCUCCCCAAAUACCCCAGCUCCGGGUCUGGAUCAGCCUUGGAGCCCUCCUUGAGCUUCCAAGGCCCUCCAGAACCAGUGAGUAUUGUCCAUGGACCGAGACUAGCUGGAUCUUAACAGGUUCGGAGAGUCGCGGGAGGUGCAACUCACUAUCAAAACACUGUCCCAGUACCCAGGUACAGACUCGGAAAAAUGCGACCAAGAUCUCUGAAGCACAGAGCUCUGUGGAGACAGUCUAGGUAAAAGCUCAAUUGGUGCGGUCAGUCCCAAGGUGACUAAACUCUCCACCCGCCCAAAGCCAGAAAACCAGUUGCCAAACUACGGACUUCCUUAAGGAAGGCAGAACCUUGAGAGCGCUUAGACUCCGCCCUGUCACCCAGUGAUUGGUGAUUCCAGAAGGGGGCGGAGAUCAACUACAGGCUGUAUAAAUAUUCAUGAGCCGGCCUGGAGGCGCUAGCCGACCAAAGCCGGGAAGUUGGGCGAAGGGAGCAGCUCCUGCGGAGGUGGAGGCGGCUGCUGGCGCGGACCACGGCCCUCAGGUGUCCCCUCCGCCUUUUGCUCUGUAUUUGUUUUUCGGUCUCGCAAGAAGGCACAGCCUGCACACCCUACCCGACUGUGGCCAGAACGCGACGCGGACUUUCGCUGGCGGCAGAUGCAGGAGGACCGACUGGGACCGACGCGGGAGUGAGGAGGCGGCGGCGGCCUGAUCAGCGGAGGGCCCGGAACUCUGGCAGUGGCGGUGGGGCCUGGGACGGACAUGAACCCUCGGGGCCCGGAGAGGGGCCGCCAGGUCUGACCCCAGAGGCGAGCGGCCAGGCACAGCCAUCUUGACUGCGGCCCGAAAGGAAACUUGCUGCGCGCCGCCCUCUGAGCCUUCGCUGCUGGGCGCCACGCGAAGUGGCUGGGCGUGCAGGAGGACCUGCGUGAGCUCUGGACGAUGAACCCAGGGGCCACCACUUUGCUCCGGGAGGGCUGAGUGCGACCCGGAGGGCGUAGGACAGACCCUGUGGAACUGUGGCGCGCCUGCGGUCACCCUUGCCCCAGGAGAGGCACGGGGGGGAGGGCCGGACGACUUCUGCCUAGGCUUGCGACCCUGCUGCCACAAACGCUGUCCAGAAAGAGCUAGAUUGUUGGCAGAUUUUCGGCUCCUCAGGGAGAAGCAGCACAAGACCCGCUGGUCGCCUGCUUUCCCUUUCCUCCGAUUCCUCUCUGGGUUCCCUAGGGCCCUUCUGCGCGCCGUCUAGAGGAGGAAGACGUGGGGCCGCGGCGCGCAGCAUGGAGUGGGGUUACCUGUUGGAAGUGACCUCGCUGCUAGCCGCCUUGGCGCUGCUGCAGCGCUCGAGCGGCGCCGCCGCCGCUUCGGCCAAGGAGCUGGCAUGCCAAGAGAUCACGGUGCCGCUGUGCAAGGGCAUCGGUUACAACUACACCUACAUGCCCAACCAGUUCAACCACGACACACAAGAUGAGGCGGGCCUGGAAGUGCACCAGUUCUGGCCCCUGGUGGAGAUCCAGUGCUCCCCCGACCUCAAGUUCUUUCUGUGCAGCAUGUACACACCCAUCUGCCUGGAAGACUACAAGAAGCCUCUGCCGCCUUGCCGCUCGGUGUGCGAACGCGCCAAGGCCGGCUGCGCGCCGCUCAUGCGCCAGUACGGCUUCGCUUGGCCUGACCGCAUGCGCUGCGAUCGGCUGCCGGAGCAGGGCAACCCCGACACUCUGUGCAUGGACUACAACCGCACCGACCUCACCACGGCCGCGCCCAGCCCACCGCGCCGCCUGCCGCCGCCGCCGCCCGGCGAGCAGCCGCCCUCAGGCAGCGGCCACGGCCGUCCGCCAGGGGCCAGGCCCCCACACCGUGGCGGCGGCGGCAGGGGCGGCGGGGACACGGCGGCUGUGCCCCCCUCGCGCGGCGGGAAGGCGAGGCCCCCUAGUGGUGGCGCCGCUCCCUGCGAGCCUGGGUGCCAGUGCCGCGCGCCGAUGGUGAGCGUGUCCAACGAACGCCACCCGCUCUACAACCGCGUCAAAACGGGUCAGAUCGCCAACUGCGCGCUGCCCUGCCACAACCCCUUCUUCAGUCAGGAUGAGCGCGCCUUCACCGUCUUCUGGAUCGGCCUGUGGUCGGUGCUCUGCUUCGUCUCCACCUUCGCCACCGUCUCCACCUUUCUCAUCGAUAUGGAGCGCUUCAAGUACCCUGAACGGCCCAUCAUCUUCCUCUCCGCCUGCUACCUCUUCGUUUCGGUCGGCUACCUGGUGCGCCUGGUGGCAGGGCACGAGAAAGUGGCCUGCAGUGGUGGCGCUCCGGGUGCGGGAGGAGCUGGGGGUGCUGGCGGCGCCGCUGCUGCUGGCGCGGGGGCGGCGGGAGCGGGGGCGAGCGGCCCGGGCGCGCGCGGCGAGUACGAGGAGCUGGGAGCAGUGGAGCAGCACGUGCGCUAUGAGACCACCGGCCCCGCGUUGUGCACGGUGGUCUUCCUCCUUGUUUAUUUCUUUGGUAUGGCCAGCUCCAUCUGGUGGGUAAUCCUGUCGCUCACGUGGUUCCUGGCGGCUGGCAUGAAGUGGGGCAACGAGGCCAUCGCGGGCUACUCACAGUACUUCCACCUGGCCGCGUGGCUAGUGCCCAGUGUCAAGUCCAUCGCGGUGUUGGCGCUCAGCUCCGUAGACGGCGACCCGGUGGCGGGCAUCUGCUACGUGGGAAACCAGAGCCUCGACAACCUGCGCGGCUUCGUGCUAGCGCCGCUGGUCAUCUACCUCUUCAUUGGCACCAUGUUUCUGUUGGCUGGUUUCGUGUCCCUAUUCCGAAUCCGCUCGGUCAUCAAGCAGCAAGGAGGCCCAACCAAGACGCACAAGCUAGAGAAGCUCAUGAUUCGCCUGGGCCUCUUCACUGUGCUCUACACGGUGCCCGCCGCCGUCGUUGUUGCCUGCCUUUUCUAUGAGCAGCACAACCGUCCUCGCUGGGAGGCCACUCACAACUGCCCAUGCCUUCGGGACCUGCAGCCUGACCAGGCGCGCAGGCCGGAUUAUGCGGUCUUCAUGCUCAAGUACUUCAUGUGUCUGGUGGUUGGCAUCACGUCGGGCGUGUGGGUUUGGUCCGGCAAGACUCUGGAGUCCUGGCGCGCGCUGUGCACCCGCUGCUGCUGGGCCAGCAAGGGCGCAGCAGUAGGCGCGGGAGCCGGAGGCAGCGGCCCGGGGGGCGGCGGCCCCGGGCCAGGCGGGGGUGGGGGGCCCGGCGGAGGCGGGGGAUCUCUCUACAGCGACGUCAGCACCGGCCUGACGUGGCGAUCUGGCACGGCCAGCUCCAUGUCUUACCCUAAACAGAUGCCAUUGUCCCAGGUCUGAACCCUGAGCGGACGCCCAGAAGGGGCGGAGAUGGGUGGGGGAUGGGGAGCCCGAGGGCGGCUAAGGGACCCCAGACAGGCCGGGGUUCCCACCCCUUCACCGUGUUGAUUGCUAUUAGCAUGAUAAUGAACUCUUAAUGGUAUCCAUUAGCCGCUGGGACUUAAAUGACUCCCUUAGAACAAAGUACCUGGCAUUGAAGCCUCCCAGACCCAGCCCCUCCCCUCAGACGCUCCGGAGCGCCUCCCCCAGGCAAUGGUUUCAGUCUGCUAGGAGAGUAGGAACCCUCCUGGGUACCCUGGCUGAGCCUUGAGGUCAAGCUGCAGACUUCACCCGAGGGACCGCUUCACCCUCAACCCCGCCUGCAUAAAUUCACUCCUCACACCCUGGAGGAGGGACGACUGCUACCUUGUAGGAUUGCACGGUUUGGGUAUUCUUAAUGACCAGGCAGAUGCCUUAAAUAAACAAGAGAUGUCUUAAUUAUACACCCCAAGUAAAUACGGGUUUCUUACAUUAGAGGAUGUAUUUAUAUAAUUAUUUGUUAAAUUGUAAAAAAAAAAAAAGAAAAGAAAAAGUGUAAAAUAUGUAUAUAUCCAAAGAUAUACAACGUGUACAUUAUUUGUAAAAAGUUUAGAGGCUUCCCCUGUAAGAACAAAUAUAAGUAUUCUAUUUUGUCAAUAAAAUGACUUUUGAUAAAUGAUUUAAAUACCACCCUGUCCCCCGAGUCUUCUGAACUGUCCCCCUUAUGCUUGCUGAGGACACGUGGGGGAAAUGGACAUUUUCUGGCUUGCCAUUCUGUGCACUGACUUUAGGCAUGGACACAAUUACCUGUUAAUCUCUAGUUCUUCAACUGUUAGCAAAGUAAAUGUCAUUGUUGAAUUGAAAUCAGAAUCGCGUUUUUGCACCUUCCCCAAAGAUGGUGUUUUUCAUGGUCUCUCUUUGCUGACCUGUGAGUGACAGCUCACCUUGGCAUGUGUGGUGUGAGUGGAUGGACAGUUUGCAAAGACUGCCAUUCCAACCAGCCUGUUUAUUUGGCUGGUGUAAAGUCGCUUAAUUUGAAACAGCAGCCCUAUGUAAGUGUCUCCUGUCUGUGAUUUUUUAAAGUCCCGACCUUUUACAGACCUGGCCACACUCUAAAAUUUGGAGGUUAGUAUUUGAAGCCACGGGUCACCUCUACUCUGUAAGUCACUUCACAAUCUGGUGUAGCAGGGCAGGUGCUAGCUAACAGAUUAAACGAAUGGGUUAACUUCUUAAUAGCGCUCCGUGCUUGUGUAUUCCAAGUGUGCUGCUUUUCCUGGAGAAAAAAGCUAUUGUUCCUCUGUCAAGACUAAGCUAAUUUAUUUGAACAGAAGGCUGUUGAAUCAGCAGAAGAAUGUGCUGGCAAUUGUUGAACUUUUUACCUGUCUGCCCAGUGGCUCCGCACAUCAUUCCUUUAAGAGAAGCUAAAUGAAUAGGGUUAAUCUGUAGGGAACUUGGUCUUUUGAGUUUGAAAAACUUUGAUCUUUUCUCCUCUCCGAAUGUGCUGUGUAGUCUGAAGUUUCUUUCCCUGCUGCCUGGCUCCUCUUGGUGCAGACCAAUUGGCCACCGCAGAGCCUUACCGCUCGUCCAUUAAAGGGAUGUGGGACUUUUACUUUAAAAAGGAGAGGGAGAGAGGAGACGAAGACUUGUAACAGUUAGUGAAGACCAGAGGCGCAAGUGCGCGCAGCCUUUUCAGCAGCUUUCCAGGGCUUUGUUAGCCAGCCCGCAGGCAGCUAGGCCUGGGUUGUGCAUUGUAGAAAAGGCUCUGAAUGCCCCACAGGUGGUCUGUGCACAUAAUCCCCCAAUUUAAAGCGGUUUCCUUUGCUGGACAAUUGCAUUACAAAACUCCCUUCUUUUUCACUCCUAAUUGAACCAAUGAACUAUUAUAAACUACAAGUUUUUCUUUAAAAAAAAAAUUCCUCAGUAAAUUCUAUUGACUAAAUGCUGGCAAAUUUUCUGAACUGGACCUUUCAAACCACUUGCAGGAAAUGCUUCUUCAGCAGAUAUUUUUCAGAUAAUUUUCUUCUUUAGGCUUUUUUAAUUUCUGGAAGAUUAGCAAUAAUUUAAAAGUAAUUGGUAAGGUUAUAUGUUCAUAUUGAAAAGAUAGCCCCAGGUCUCCUAUUAACCUGUCAAUCAAGAUAAACUGGCAGCUACCCUGCUAAUAACUGGAGUCCAGCAUUGUGGAUGGGGAGGGGCCCUGGGUGCCCUUCUUAGCAGUUUGGUUUUCCUUUAGUGACUAAAUUCUGAAUUCAUAAGA